UACUAUAUCACCCAGAUCCACGGAAUUAGCCAGCUCCUCUGAAGGCAAACACCCAUUAUCAAGCUCCCACAGCCACCUGCUCUCCAGCAAUGCCUCCAGACUUUGACACCAACAUGAAGUUCAAGUUCUCGAUCCUGGCGCUUCUUCUGGAAGUGAUUGUCAUCAUUUUGUUUGGGAUAUUUGUGGAUUAUGACUCAAAUCCUUCUAGAGCGUUAUACCCACACUUUCAGGAUGUCCAUGUGAUGAUAUUUGUUGGAUUUGGCUUCCUGAUGACCUUUCUGAAGAAAUAUGGAUUCAGCAGUGUUGGUUUCAACAUGCUCAUUGCCGCCUUCGGUCUCCAGUGGGGAAUCCUGAUGCAAGGAUUUUGGCAUAUGGAAAGUGGGAAAAUUUCUGUUAACAUUGAAAGCAUGAUAAAUGCAGACUUCAGUACAGCAACUGCUUUGAUUUCAUUUGGAGCACUCCUGGGGAAAACAAGUCCCAUUCAGAUGCUGAUCCUGACUCUGCUGGAGAUCACCAUGUUUGCAUGCAAUGAACACCUAGUUACCAAAGUAUUCAAGGCCACAGAUGUUGGAGCUUCCAUGACUAUCCAUGCUUUUGGAGCUUAUUUUGGUUUGGCUGCAGCUUUCGUCUUGUAUCGUCCUGGUCUGACAAACAAACAUGACAAUGAUGAAUCCACCUAUCACUCAGACUUGUUUGCCAUGAUUGGUACCCUGUUCCUUUGGCUUUUUUGGCCCAGUUUUAACUCUGCCAUUGCAGAAGCCCAGGUUACAGCCAUUAUCAACACUUAUUACUCCUUGGCUGCCUGUACCAUCGUAACAUUUGCCCUCUCCAGCUUGGUGGAUAAAAGAGGCAAAUUCAGUAUGGUUCUCAUUCAAAAUGCCACCCUGGCAGGAGGAGUGGCAGUGGGUACCUGUGCUGACCUGGAAAUCCACCCUUUCUCUGCCAUGUUCAUUGGGGUCAUUGCUGGAAUUGUCUCUGUCCUUGGGUUCCAGUUCCUGACUCCUGUGAUGGCAUCCAAGUUGAGAAUUCAAGACACUUGUGGAGUUCAUAACUUACAUGGUUUACCUGGAAUUCUGGGGGGUAUUGCUGGCAUCGUAGUGACUGCGAUAAAAACAGAAACUAGGAAUGGUCACGUGCUGACUCCUGCCAUGCAGGCUGCUGCCCUGGGAAGUACACUUGCAAUUGCAAUUGUGGGAGGAGCACUCACAGGUGCUAUUCUAAAGAUCCCUUUCUUGGGACAAGUAUCUGACCAGAACUGCUUUGAUGACUCUGCCUAUUGGGAGGUUCCAGAGGACGAGACAGUACCUGAAAUUCACUCCAGCCACCGUGAUGAGCACAGCAGAUUUGAAGCUGCCAUGUAGAAAAAUUAUUAAUCUGCAGUAUUUGUCCUAAUGAUGCUCUUUUCUGUUUCCAAUGCUAAGAAACAACAUCCAAGUAUUGUCCCAACCACACCAGGUUUUCAAGAAAAGGCUGAAGAUGUGUAUAUUUUUGUAAUAGAAAACAAGUAUGAUUUUAGAUUACUUAGUCAUUAUGCCAAGUUCAGGUGAAUAAAUUAGGUCUUUCUAAUAUAUUUGUUCACCAGAAAAAGGCACCACAAAUUGCUCUUUAAACUUAUCUAUAUUUUAUCUUUUGUUGUCACUGACAACAAUAUAGCUGUUGUAAUAAAUUUUGAGUUUCAAGAUUAUUACAGGACAAUAUAUUUGAUUGAGAGAUUUCUGAGUUACAUACUUCAACUGUAUACGGGUAAUCAAAAAGAAAUUAAUUGAUAUUUUUUAUAUGGAUUUGAAAAAACUUUUCACCAGAGUAACCCAGCUUAAAUUUUUGAGAGAGUGUGUUGUCCUGUUUUCUGAUGGAGGACAAAACAUGCUGUAUUUUGAAGCUUGAUUAUGACAGGAAGCAAAAUGUUGAAAUAAUUCUUAUGGCAAGGAACGGAAUACAGUGAUUGAUAAGGUAAUAUGAGUAUCAAGAUUCAUUGUUAAUAUGUUUAUUGAAAGGGAAAAGAAAGUGAAAUUGUAAAAAAGUCAUUAUUGUCAUAGAUCUAUUCAUUUAUUGUCAUAGAUCUAUUUAUUUAUUGUCAUAGAUUUAGUUAGUUUCAAGGACAUAAUAAGGGAACUGAGUAGGAGCUAUGAAAACCAAGUGAUUGCAUAAUAGGUCUUAUUCUAUUCAACAGUAAUAAGUGGAUUGUACCAAUGUUAAUUGUGGUAUUCACAUGCCCUCUGAACAGCGAGAAGCUGUGAGACAAGCAGAGAAGAAGGAAAACACAAUUCUUAUCUUGCUUGCUGUGCCUGUUUUGUGCUAAAGUAGAAUGCAAUGUGGAGAUUGUUUACCCAAAGUGAGGAUGUUUUGUUCUCUGGGCCUAUCAGGGCCAAGAAAUGUGUGUGUGUGUCAGACUGUCAUGGGAGAGAGAAUCAGAGAUGAGUGCAGUGUGAGCAGUUGUGAGCAAGAGUGAAUGCAUGGCAGAUUAUGUUUAGAUGAAGUGUACAUAGUAGAGUAUAAUAAAGCAAUUCCUUAGCCCUCUGAUGAUGGAGUUAGAGGCAUCAUUCUCUCACCCCCUCAUCGGAGUCACCUUUGAUUUACAAUAGUUAAUGGCAAGAAAUAAAACCUGGACUAAUGCCAGCUCCAGAAAAACAUGAAUUGUUUGGAACGGAUUGGAAAGAAAUUAUGUUCAACCUGCAGAAGGCUCGGCAGAGAGCUUCCAUGGGGCGAGUCACUGACUCUGAAGUCACUUUCUUCUAAAAGAAGUGAAAGCAAAAAGAAGAAAACUGAAGCUAAAUUGAGGGAAAUUAACUUCAUCAGAGAAGUGAUGGCAGUAGCUGCUCAGUCUGGAGACAAAAAUUGAGGCAGCUGAAGGAAUUCCAUGAAGUGCCUUUGUACAUGGGAUAAUCCAUUGAGAGACAAUGGAUGGGAAAUGGAAUUCAAGCAGCAGGAACACAGUGCCUCAAUCCAUCAUUCAUGGAAAGCUACUGCUGAUGUCUGAAUAACAAGCCAAAGAGGGUGAACUUUCAACCUUUUUUUUUAUACUAGGAUCUUUUAUCAAGUCUUACUUAUCAGACUUAAGGGGAAAAUUCCUCUCAUAUAAAAUAGCACAUACAUUUUAAUUUCUGCUGAUGUAUUUUUCCUUGAAAAUCUUUAGAAAGAUAUAGAUAGGGCUGUCCCAUAUGUUAUACCUGCUGUAUACUGCUACAUAUGUCAGAUUUCUAUCCAUGAAUAAAAAUACAUUUGUUGUAUCACACUCUAGUUCAGAUAAGCUCUUUUGCAAAUGUUCAAUGACUGACUCUCUUAUACCUUGUUGGCUGUAAGAUGACCUUUAUCCUCUCAAAGCUGUCACACAUUCAUUUUGUAAAAAUUGAGGAAGCAUUUAACAAUGUAAAUAUUGCAUUUGUAAAAAUUUUAGAAGUAUUUUGUGCAUAAUUUAUGAAGUGUUGAAGUACUUGAAAAAUAUUAAUCUCUGAUCAGCCUGUAAAAAUCUUAUCUUCAAUACAUGAAUUUCACCCCUUAAAUUCCUGCUUGGGAGUUCAGAGGGUCUUUCAUUCACCUUAAAGCAGGUGAGGUAAUUUCACUAGUUUUGAGUGCUGACCACACAGGAACACCUGAGUGAGGAAGCAUCACCCACUGGCAGUAAAUUAAUAAUUUGAAUUAUAGCAAUUAAUAAUUUGAAUUGGUUGGAAAAUACAUCCAAGAUCAUCAAGUCCGACCUUGGAGGGAUUAUCAUCAUGGCCAGUAAAUCACACAUUGAGAAUGUCAUGUCUACUCACUUCUGGAACACUUCCAGGGAUGGUGGCUCCCCUGCUUCCCUGGGGAGCCUGUUCCAGUGUUUAACCUCUCUUCCAGUAAAGAAUUUUUUCCUAAUAUCCAGCCUAAACCUUCCCUGGUGAUUGAUGCCUUCAAUAAUAACAUGUAGGGGUUCUUUUAAAAUCCAAAAGGGAAAAAAUGAACUAUACAUUUUUGUUUUGCAGCUCUCCUUGUAAUCUUUCCAUAGUAAUCCAUACCCUCAUCCUCUCAGUAUUCAUUGUCACCAAACUUCUUUUUCAGAACAUUCCUCUCCCAGAGAAAUCAGUCCCUUAGGGUCUCUCAAAAAACAGAGCAAGGAGAUAAAUCCCUUUGCUCUACCAGAACUUUAAAUGCUAUUUUUUUUCCAUGUGACCGUGCCCUUGAAGUAUACAACUUGUUUCUCCAAAGGUUUUUACCCUAAUUGCUCACACCCACAUUGCCCAUGCCAGUGGCAUUUGGUUCUCUGGCUUAUGGCAUUUUCUUUGGUUGCUUAUUUCCCAAUUAGUCAAAACUUUGAAUCAGCAGAGCUUCAUAAAUAAUCAGUUACAACUUCUGUGCAAUAAAUGACUGGAUGCUUAAAAGAUAAAAGUUGAAAUUAUUUUACUAAAAAGCCUUUUGUUCUUCCAUGAGGAAGCCUUAUAAUGGCAGGAAAAGAAAGUAAGGAGUUAAACAAGACAUGGAGUGAAGGAUGAGCUUAAAGGAUGGGACUGAAAAGUAAACAAAAGUUAAAGUACAACUACCCUAAAUUUGAAGCUCAUAAUCAUCAACAUUUCUUUUCUUUCUCAUAAAAGACUGGCAAUGUUUUAUCCCUUCCAACAACCACCCAACACUCUUCCUGUCUUACCUUUGUUCUCACUUUGACUUUUUUUACAUUAAGAGAGUUUAUAUAAGGUGUUGUAGAGUGGGGUUUUUUUGGUUUUGAUUUGUUGUUUUUUUUUUUUUUAAUGAGUAAAACUUCAAUGAUAUCUUCUUUAAACCAACUAAAGGUCAAGCUUACUGGUCAGGCCUUUUCAGACUACCAGCGGGUGACCAUAGCUUUCAAGGCUAUUGCGUAGUUCUCCACUCCUGCCUCUGUCAGAGCAGUAUCUUUGUAUUUCAUUCAUACUGAAAAGAAAAUGUAUUUGAAAGCUAUUGGCUGAAUAUUUGCUUACAAAAUUUCUUUUAACAUUUGUGCUCAAAUCUACUGCUGAAUAAAUGCAUUAUUUGAAUGAUCAGA